UUGAUAAUGUACUCUAUAUAAGCACUGUACAUGUAUUGUUAUUGCGGUUUGUGUCGCCGUUCUUCUCGGUAUCAUUACAGAGGCAGAGAAAGAUUUGGAAACCGUCUGGAGAAGAGUAUAUGAUUUACAGGUGGAGGCUUACCUCAGUCACGAUACCGGCUGAGGAGCAGGACUGUAUAUGGUGAGGAAUUUCGAAGUGCAAAGGAGGUGAGAAUGUCCCACGAAGAUUCACUGACUAAAAGCAUAUGCACAAACCUGCUUAGAGUUGUUGAGCAGCUUCAGUCGGCUUCAGGCUCACAAUCUACCCCCACACAGCUGCAGUCAAGCAGUUCUUCACUGCAAGCAGUACCCCGCGGGCAAGCAGAGCAUUUCUCCGAGCAAAGCGAUUCUACAUUAACCAGCAGCACUCGCCAUCACCAUCAUUCUGAAGCUCUGAGGCAUCUGUUCCGUUCGAAAACUAAAGCUGUAUCUCCUUUUGACAGAAAAGGCAAGAGAAGGAAACUUACCGCGACGAGUGAUGAACGAUAUUGGAAGCACAAUUUUGUUUGCCUGUCUAAUAAAGACCAGUCAACUGUACCUGACGGUACAGAAAAGGCAAUUCUUAAAUUAGCUGGUCUUGGGGAGAAGUCACUCACUCUGCUUACAAGUGAAGACCUAACCUACCAGCUAUAUAAUGAGUUUAGUCAGUUGAAGGAUUCAGGAGGAUACGAGCUCAUGAGGCAAGGCCCAAACCGAACACUGGAACUUAUUCCUAUACCACCAGAAGGUUACACAGUGGAUUACGUCCAGUCAGUUGUACCUCAUGCCAAGCUAUAUAUACGGCCAAUCCAAAUCGACUUAAAUAUUAAUGAGUUGCCGAUAUCUUCUUGUUCAGUGCGUGAAGAAAAAUGCAAGACGUGCAAUUGUUUAAUACCCAUUCAUACACUUAAACAACAUGUUUCUGAGUGUUCACAAGAGAAGGUUGAAUUUGAUGGA